UGUAAACAACCGAUCUGAGCAGUGUAGUUGCAAUCUGAUUUGUAGUUUUGAUGUAAAUCGUGCAGGUUAUAAAUAUAAAUUCAGCGCUCUUCAGAAAAUGGGUGUCUAUACAUUUAUCGGAAUUACAGCCUAGAGCGUAUCUACAGAUUGCUUCCAAAGUUAUAUUUGAAUUUCCCGCUACACUAGGCGCUAAAGCAAACGCAUUCUGCAUCUCCAGCAGCCGUACUAGUGAAAGUAUUCUAGAUACAUUUUAAUCUCUUAGGAAAUGCAGACCACAGACAUAGGGAGCAAGGGAAACGGAAAGAUUUGGCACAGAAAACCUUCGCCAGCAUCCAGUGAUGGGGUAAUGGUUAAUGUUAUCCACAGUGCAGCCGGCUAUCCGUCCAAGACGGUUCGCUUUCUUCAUGCUGCCUUUGACACAACAGGCGACGCUUUUCUUGCCGGAGAUCACCACGGAAAUGUCUAUGUGUUUGACUUAAACAGAAACAGGUUUAACCUUGUACAGAAGACUGGACAGUCAUGCACUGCUUUGGCCUUCAACCUGCGAAGGAAGACAGAGUACUUGGUGGCACUAGCAGACUACUCUAUCAAGUGUUUUGACACAGACACCAAGGAGCUGGUAAGCUGGAUGAGAGGGCACGAAUCAGCUGUUUCUUCGGUUUCUGUGCAUGGAUCAGGGAGAUAUGCCAUCACCACUUCCACGGAUACAGCCCAGCUCUGGGACCUGGACACUUUCCAGAGGAAAAGGAAGCUAAACGUCCGCCAGUCUGUCGGCAUACAGAAGGUUUUCUUUUUGCCACUAAGUAACAUUAUUCUGAGCUGCUUUAAGGAUGGUUCUAUAUUCGCCUGGGAAAGCGACACUCUGCACUGUAAAUAUCAGUUACCAGUACCAGAGGAAGGGCCCAAGUUGCAUUACAAAGCUUUUGCUGUCACACAGGAUGGGCGAGUUCUGGUUGCUGGGGGGAAAUCAAACUGCCUUCACUUAUGGUGUUUAGACACCAGGCAGCUGCUGAGAGUAAUUCAGAUGCCACCUAAAGUCAGGACCGUUCGUUCCCUGGUAUUUCUGCCUGACAGCUUUGAUGGAGGAUCGAGUCAGGUCCUUGGAGUUUUGAGUCAGGAUGGGAUAUUGAGGUUCAUCAACAUCCAGACUUGCAAGCUGAUCUUCGACAUUGGGAGUCAUGACGACGGCAUUGGUUCAGCUGUAAUUGCUCCAAAUGGACACUACAUUGUUGCUGUGAUGGAAAAUGGCAGCCUUAACAUAUACAACGUACAGUCUCUUACGCAGGAUGUUAAUAAGCCACCACCUCCUUUGGUCAAAGUGAUUACAGACUUUGACAGAGGCAAAGCUUCCAGAGAUCCAGUUCCUGGCCUGAAGAUGAAGGUGGCAUCUGGACGUGUUGAGAGGCCUGUCAAGACAAGAGAUUCCAAAGCCCAGACCCGAAUCCUGAGACCUCCCGCAGACACACUGGAAGAUAAAGAGAAUGAAUUGCCAGAGGGUUUAAACAAAAAGAGACUUCAAGCUUUGCUCAAAGGAUUUGGGGAAUACCCAGCAAAAUACAGAAUGUUCAUCUGGCGCUCUUUACUGCGCCUUCCUGAGAACCACGCAGCAUUCAGCAGCCUGACUGACAAGGGCACCCACUCUGCCUUUGUGAGACUCCACGAGGUCUAUCCCAUCAAGAGCACCAAGCUGCAGAGGGUCCUCCAGAGAAUAUUAUCAUCGUUGGCUCACUGGUCAGCCAUCUUUGGGGAGAUCCGUUACCUACCGUUAGUGGCAUUUCCAUUUGUUAAACUAUUCCAGAACAACCAGAUGAUCUGCUUUGAGGUGAUUGCUACAGUUAUAAUGAACUGGUGCCAGCACUGGUUUGAGUACUUCCCUAACCCUCCUCUCAAUGUGCUGAGUAUGGCAGAGAAUGUCCUGGCCCAUCACGACAAAGAGCUGCUCCAGCACCUUGUGAACUGUGGAGUAACCUCGCAGCUUUAUGCCUGGCCGCUUCUGGAAACCCUGUUCUCUGAGGUGCUGACGCGAGAAGAAUGGCUGAAGUUGUUUGAUAAUGUUUUCUCCAACCACCCCUCUUUUCUGCUGAUGGCAGUAGUGUCAUAUGUGAUCAGCUCCCGGGCUCCCUUAAUACACUGCACGUUGAAGGAUGACUUCGAGUAUUUUUUCCACCAUCGCAAUAACUUGGAUAUUAAUGCAAUGAUCAAGGAAACCUAUAGACUCAUGGACAGCACUCCGAGCGACCUCCACCCACAGCGCAUGCUGAAUGACUUUGAGCCCUUAACCAGAGGGCAGUACCCAGUCUUCAACAAGUACCCCACCUUCAUUGUGGAGUACCAGUCCCAGGAAAGGGAGAGGAUUCGACAACAGGAGUUGGAGUAUUUAAGGGAAAGGCAGAUAGCCCACGAGCUGGAGUCUGAGGCGGUGAAGCGGAAGGCUGGGGACGAGGCAUGGUACAAACAGCAGGAGCUGCUCCAGGAAGCAGAGGAGCAGAGGAGGAAGAUACUGCUGGAGGAGGAGAACAAACUGGUGGCCCAGAGAGUCCGGCUGGCUGCUAUGAAACGGGAGAUGAAAGUGAAGGAGCUGCAUGUGAUCGAUGCAUCACGGAGGCGCUUUCUGAAAUACCAGCAGGAUCAGAAGAAAAUGGAGCUGAGGAGACUUGAUGAUGAGAUUGACAGAAAGAGGUCACUAAGAGAGCAAGAAACUGGCACUGCGGUGCAAGACAUUGAAAUACGUCAAAUGGAACUGGAGGCCCAGAGAAGAAUGUUUGAACAGCAACUUGCUAAGGAGCAGGAGAGAGUGACCCAGGAAGUGAAAGGAGAAGUGGAUGCUUGUCGGCGAAAGGCAGAAAUUGAAGAUCACAUGUUAUAUAAACUGAUAGAAACAGAUGCGUGUCAUGACAUUGGCGCCAAGACGAAGGUGGAGGAAGCAUUGGCAGAGGCAGAUCAGUUGUGCACCGACACAGACUGGCAAGUGGAGAUGAUCAGCAGACAGCAGCAAGCGGAUACAGACAGAGAGAGGGAUUACCAAGUUCUGGCCAGGCUGAGCAGAGGGGCUCGGGCCAAGGAGGGGCAGAUCCUCAACCUCAUGAAGGAGGUUGAGGGGAAGAGGGAGUGGGAACACAUGUAGUGUUUGGAACGGAGAGUAACAGAGAGAAGUGAAACAAGCCUGUACAUGGACUUUCCUGACGAUAAGUAUUCAGCUGGCGUAGAGCAUGCUUAGUCUUCGUGACGACAGUGGCCCAAAGUGAUUUAACCCUCGAAAUACCCCAGUUACUUAUUCAAAUUGCAUUAAUUGGAUAACAUGCCAACUUGCUAUCUGUGCCAUGUUUGCCCGCUGUUUUAAUAUCAUAAUCCAUUUUGGGACGGGAUAAAUACAUAUGUGGGUUGUAGAGGGUUUCCCCCUCUCUGAGAAUCAACUUUGAAAUAAGUGGCCCAAAGUGAUUUAACCCCCAAAAUACCCCAGUUACUUAUGCAAUUUGCGUUCGAUUUUCAGUAUGUAAAUAAGAAGCUAGCUGAGUAAAAAGCCAACUUCAGCAUCAUGUAAUGAAAGCAGUUUAAUCUUACUUUAACGGCACGCACAUGAAUCGUAAAGUAAUUAAACUGUUUCUACCCUUCCCUGCUGUUCUGCGCACUGUCAACCCUGGUUAAAGAUAUAGAUAGUGUACCCGAUCCGAAGCAAGUGUAAAACUUGCCUGACUAUUAAAGUAAAAAAUACAAAUAUUUUAAAUCUAGCAAGAAAUUACUUGUGUCUUUCCUGUUUCGAGGCCGGUGUGCUCACUAUGCUUGCUGAGAGAAUGUUUUACUAACCGUUCUUUCGAAAGUAGGGUUUGUGCAGUGGAGAAUAACAUACAUAAUAGGCUCAAUAAGGGGUAUAAAUGUAUCUAAAUGGUGCUGGAACUAACUACAGCCAGUGUUAACAGUACCGGGUAAUAGUAGAAAACCAUUAGUAAGUGGUUUGUAUGUACUUUCUGGUAAACAAACAAACAAACCUCUUUCAGUGAAGGAAACCAAACGAAUAUUAAGAUUUGCUCCAAAUUAGAUGAUGCAAACAUACUUAGCCACCUCCACAACAGCAAGGUAAGCUGAUCACAGGAUGAAUAGUAAAUCAAAGAUAGAUGAGUCUUCCAUCUCAGUUGAUUGUUUGUUAUUUUUUAAUGUAUGGUCAAUUUAAUGUGCAGUUCUUUUUUUUUUUUUUCAGAGUAGUUGAAUUGCUGAUUUAUUGAGAAAAAAAAACAUACAUUUACAAGUUAUUUUCUCAGAUAAAUACAGGAUUUACACAAAUAAACAUACAGUGGGAAACAUUUGUCCAUGAGACAGGAGGGGAGGGAUCAAAAGCACUUCCCUGCAGGGACCCUGUAACUAUUCCUGGUUGUCGAUCAACAGACAAGGAGGAUUGAUUAGCAAGAUGCUUGCUUGCCUACUUCCCAAACUCGCUUCCCUGUAGUGUGUAGUAUUUGAUUGACUUGCACCAUUAGUUUACCUUAUAAUUUGAUUGAUUUUUUUUUAGUUAUUGGUUCAUUCAUUUAUUAAUUUAUUGAGGUUUGCUCACAAAAAGUACUUUGCAAAUGCAAUUUGUAUUGCAUAAUCAAAUGUUGCCCCUUGGGUUAUUUUUGUAGUUUGGCAAAUUUUAUAAUGAUUCAAAACUGAGUUGCUACCACAAAGUGGAAAAUGGGUACAUCUCUAAAAGAUGCAGAGCAAAAGGCAUUAGACUGUGACAAACACAAUUCAGUUAAUGCCAGCUUCUCUCUUUUUGGAAGUGGGAGGAUGUUGUGGAGAGAAGAGCCCAGCUGGAGGAAGAAAAGCAGAGCAGUGUUUUAGCUGAAGCUCGCCGCAGACAGU